GGAAACGAAACUUAACAUUCAUAGAAACCAAAGCCAACCGACGUGAAAGCAGUUCUGUCUUUAAGGAGAAAAAUAAAACACAUUUCUUAACAAAUUGUCUGACAGACAGAACACACAACAAGGAAUGGCCUCUGCUAACACUUCCUGGUCUGAGGAGAACUUUUCAUGUUGCAUCUGUCUGGAUCUAUUCAGCAGCCCAGUUACCACACCAUGUGGACACAACUUCUGCAGAACCUGUAUUACAAAGUUCUGGGAUGAACAAGUCAAGUACCAAUGUCCUGUUUGCAACAAGAUUUUUGACACAAAACCUGAUCUACAGGUCAAUACCCUCUUAUCAGAGCUGGCUGCUCAGUUUAUAACAACCAUACGAGUUAAAGAGCAGCCUUGUGUUGAACCAGCAGAAGUUCCCUGUGACUUCUGUACUGGGACCCGAUUGAAGGCCGUGAAGUCCUGCCUAGUGUGUUUUAGCUCUUACUGCCAAACCCACCUGGAGCCACAUCAGAGAGUCGCUCGCCUGCAGAAACAUCGGCUGGUCGAGCCUAUGGACCGUCUGGAAGGCAGGAUGUGUAAUAAACACGACCGACUUCUGGAGCUCUUCUGCCAGACUGACCAGGUGUGUGUCUGUCUGUUGUGCACAGUGACGGACCACAAGUCCCAUCCUGUUGUACCUCUGAAGGAGGAAUUUGAAGUGAAGACGGCCCAGCUGGGGAAGAUAGAGGCUGAAGUACCGCAGAUGAUCCAGGAGAGAAAAAUAAAGAUUAAGGAGAUCAAAGACACAGUACAACUGAGCAACAAAGAUGCAGACAGAGAGAUAGCCGGUGGUGUGCAGCUCUUCACUGCUCUAAUAUGCUGUGUUGAAAAGUGCCGCGAUGAAUUCAACCAAACGAUUCAAGAGAAACUGAAAUCCACAGAGAAACAAGCUGAAGACCUCAUCAAAGACCUGGAGCAGGAAAUAGAAGAUCUGACCAAUAGAUGCUCAGAGGUGAAGCAGCUCUCACACACUAAAGACCACCUCCACUUCCUCCAGACCUUCAGAUCCCUGAAGGAUCCUCCACCCACCAGGGACUGGACGACAUUGGAGGUCCGUCCUCCGUCAUACGUAGGGACCUUGAAGAGAUCUCUGAAUCAGCUGGAGGCGACACUGAACAUGGAGGUGAAGAAGCUGUUUGAUGAUGCUGAACUGAAGAGGGUUCAGCAUUAUGAAGUAGAUGUGACUCUAGAUCCUGAAACAGCUUUUCCCAGUCUCACCCUGUCUGAGGAUGGGAAACAAGUACAUCAUGGAGGUGUGAGGAAGGUACUCCCAGACAACCGUAAGAGAUUUACAAAGUAUACAUUGGUUCUCACGAGGCAGAGCUUCUCUUCAGGGAGAUUUUAUUUUGAGGUACAGGUUAAAGACAAGACUUUCUGGUGGUUAGGAGUGGCCAGAGAGUCCAUCAAAAGAAAAGGUAAGACCAUGUGGACCCCUGAGACGGGUUACUGGACUCUUGCCUACAAAAAGGAUGGGUUGGAAUUUAAAGAUAACCCUUCUGUCUGUCUCCCUCUGAGAGCUGAGCUCCAGAAGGUGGGGGUGUUUGUUGAUUAUGAUGAGGGUGUGGUCUCCUUCUAUGAUGUGGAAGCCAGGGUUCGUAUCUACUCUGCUACUGGCUGCACCUUCAGUGAGCCUCUCUAUCCAUUCCUCUGCCCAGGCCGCCAUGAUUAUGGAGGUAACAACUCUGCCCCCCUGAUCAUCUCACCUGUCAAUCAAACAGACUAGGACUUUUGAUAAUAAAACAAAGAAAGAAACCAAAACAAUCGUACUGCUGAAAUUCAACGAGGAGAUGUUCUUUAAGUACACAAUCACAGUUGUUGAAUUCCACCUAUUAUAAUUGGUUAAAUUACACAAAAUAUUUUGUCUGUUUUCUAGAUUUCCAGAUUUUUUUUUUACACAUUUAAUGCUAUAAAAUUGUCAACAGUUGCAGUUACAUAGAACAUAAGAGGACUAACAUGUUCAGAGGACUAAUUUGUAAAAAAGCAAUAAUUGUAUAAUAAUAAUUGUUUUUUAACAUUGCUAUCUGUUUUAACUUCUGAAUAGCGAGUGACAAAGAAACACAAUGUCCUUACCCGUUUUUUGAAAAGAUUUGUGAUGUGUAGGCCUACCUACGUUAUCAUUGUAAUAGAUCAUUUAAAAUCAUUGUAUUCCUGUCCAAUAGUGUUCAGUAGAAUCACUGUCUCAGUGUAAUACAAAAAAAAUAUGUUUGUUGCCUAGAACCUUUAUUUUGAUCAUUUUGAGAUUGAUGGUCCGUUUUAUAUCAGUAAAGAAUUGUAAAAGUUGGAAGUUGAUGAGCCAGUAAAACUUAUUCUCCACCAUACAACCCUUCAUGUAUUAGCCUACACACUUAAACAAAGGUCACAGUGACUUCAUGUAAAGAUUCUCCCCUUGUGUGUGACUACCGUGACUUUUUCCAUGCUCUCCUCUCUUCUCUUCUCCAUCUCCUCUCUUCUCUUCCUCCUCUCUCUGCUCUCCUCUCUAGCUCAUUGUGUUCAUUAUUGUCGUUCAUUACGCAUUAUGUGUGUUCACAUGUCAAAAGUCACCCCAUUUAGAUUAAUCUAAAAUAGAUCUGAACUACCACUGGGUGAGUUCGGCUGUAGUGAAUCACUAUGGUGACGGACGGUGACGCUCCCGCUCGUGCGGAGUCCUCCUCUCCAUAACCACGCCCACUGACUGCCUGGACUAUGCGAGGAGAGGGUGAGACCCCGAAGCUGUUGGCAAGAGAGCCGUGGACCUCGAUACCUCUGAGCAGCCAGCAGCAUGAGAAUGAAUAACCCAAUCCCAAUUUGAAUAUGUGUGUCACGAUCUGUGAAUGAUCUGUAAUGUUUGAUACUAUUAUUUUAGUCAUUCUGUUUAUUGUGGGCUUGUACUUUUAUUUGUUGUUAAACCAUAAUGGUGAUAAACAACUCAGUCAAA